CCCCGUGCCGGAAAUGCUACUUUUCCCCUUUGGCCGUCUGGCCGACUCGCUUCUUUCUGUAACUUCACCCUAGGCCUUGAGCUCUUGGGAGCUGCUCGCCAUGCGGCGCCCUGAAGCGUGAACCCUCGUGGGUCGCUUCACGGCUGCCUGGGCGCUCCAGUUCUGCUGCUCCGUGGUCCCUGGGCCGAGCACACCUGUGGUGGGUGCCGCCAGGUACCUGGCGGAGCUCCUGGGAGAGCCCCACGCGGGCCUCGCCGUGAGCUGCAGGGUACUGCUAGGCAACUAGAGGGAAGCCAUGCCCAUGCCGCAACUUACUCCCCUCUCCUGUGUCUGGGUUUCUUGAGUGUGGGUACUUCUAGGCCGCCUCCUAACUCCAGUCUGUUGAAAACAUGGGAGGUUGCCAGAACUCAGCCGCUUCCUGGCAGCGAGGAGUUACCAUUGAGCAGGUAGUUGGGCACGUGUCGACUUUGGAAGGAUACAUACAGACAUUUUCAGUGUUCCAUGUUAAACUUUAGGCAGCCUGCUUCUGCAAAGUGGUACGAUCGAAGGGACUAUGUCUUCAUUGAAUUUUGUGUUGAAGACAGUAAGGAUGUUAAUGUAAAUUUUGAAAAAUCCAAACUUACAUUCAGUUGUCUUGGAGGAAGUGAUAAUUUUAAGCAUUUAAAUGAAAUUGAUCUUUUUCACUGUAUUGAUCCAAAUCUUAAUUGGCUUAGUGUGGACUUCAAUAAUUGGAAAGACUGGGAAGACGAUUCAGAUGAAGACAUGUCUAAUUUUGAUCGUUUUUCUGAGGAUUCACAAGACAGUGAUGAUGAAAAAAUGCCAGAUCUGGAGUAAGGAAUAUUGUCAUCACCUGGAUUUUGAGAAAUAACUUCUCUGCAAGAUUUCAUAAUUGAGAGAAUUCCUGAGUUGAUAGCUCUAAAGGCAGAUGCUGUAUUUGCCUACUUUAACCCAUUUUUCAACCUGUUUGUUUUUUAAAAGGCUUCACUAAGGGUUGAUAUGUACCAUUGUAUGGGGCAAUUUUAAGUCAGCUAAGGCAAUAACCUUAUGCAUGAACAUUUCCCAGACUUUCAUGAGGCUGUUGAGGUCCUAGGCAAUUGAUGCAGCAGUUAUGAUAAAAACAUUUCGCCUAAGUCUCCUUUUCUUCAUAACAUAGAUACUGACAUGAUAGGAAGCUUAGGGAAAUAAAACUAGAGUAUAGAACAUGGAUUCAGAAGUGGCUGGAACAAUUGGCUGACACCUUACUGGUGGUAACUUGCUCUUCCUCUAGCGUUACCCUUCAGGAUUGUUCCACUAAAGUUUAUUUUUCAAAAAAAAAAAAAAAAAAAAAAAUGUACUUCACAUUAUUCUAUGUAAGUGAUCACUUGUCAAUGUUCCAGGUGUAUCUUAGCUAAAACUAGAGAAUGCCCUAACUUAGAUGGUUUUUGAAGCCUAUACAUUUGGUAUUGUUUGACCCUUAAGCUUUUACAUCUCUUAGCAUGGAGGACGAAGAAAGCUGUACAUUGUUGCUUGAAAGUCUGUACAUUUAGACCAGAUUUGUAUUUGCACUGUCAGUAUGGCAAAUGAGUGAAAAAUGUUUAAUACACUAUUGGAUUUUUUAUUUCUUUUUUUUUAUUCAGCUUAUACAAGGGCUGAAAACCUCAAUUUAUGUUCAUGACAGUGGGGAUUUUUUUAAAUGUCUACAUUCUUUCUAAUAAACUGUUGGAAGACUUCUUGGCUGUCCUUUUAAGUGUCUGGCUUACUGUAAUUUUUAUGUAUUUAAUGGAAUGGAGUUAUUUUUGAGGAAGAAUUUGGGAUUAUUCCUCUGUUUGAAAAAAGAGGCUUGCUGUAAUGUCACAGGAAACCUUUUUAAAGUGGAUCUGUAAUAGAAUAUUGUAGAUACACUUUGCAGCAGUUGGAAAAGAAAGUGUUGUGAUUUGAUUGAAAUAAAACUAAAUGUGUUGUCCUCCU